GGGAUGGAAUUCCCACCGGAUCUCCUCGCUCAUUAUCCACCAGUACGCUCUCGGAGGUGGAUAGUCCCGACUCAGGCGCCCCAAGCUCAUGACGACCAGCGCACUCUAGGGACUCGGGUCCGGGAGAAGAGGACGAGCCGAUCUAAACUGAACUGAACUCAGUUGAGCUGAGUUGAAUAGGACUGGACUGAUUAGAGUUGGAUUCGCAAAAGACCUUCCUGCUCCGGAAGUUGUGAGCAGCUCCGCUGCUUCUUCUCACAUUCGCUGAGGAGACCAAAUGGCUUCCGUCGUGGGAUCGGCCCUGAGCCACAGCGGGUCCUGUCUCGCAACCUCUCGUGUUCACGACUUUGUGAUCUCGUCCUCUUCUCCCAUCGCCAGAGCUAGCGCUCAAGGUUUGUCGAAGUCGACGUUUGGAGGGAGUGUCCAGUCGCUCAAGGUCCAACACAAUGCCGUCAAGAUUUGCGUUUCUGGAUCGCCCACAGUCCGAGCCAUGGCGGAUGCGAACGCCGAAGCUCCGAAGGAGCCCGAGUUUUAUGAAGUGGAAUUGGACAAGCCUUACGGCCUGAGAUUUUACAAGGGUGGUGACGGUGGCACUUACAUUGACCAGGUAUUCCCUGGUAGCAAUGCCGAUGUCACCAAGAUGUUCACUCCCGGUGACAAAGUCAUCUCCACCAGUGCCGUAUUCGGAACCGAGAUAUGGCCCGCAGCAGAGUAUGGACGCACCAUGUACACGAUUCGCCAGCGAAUCGGGCCUCUGCUUAUGAAAGUGGAGAAGAAAUAUGGCAAGCGUGAGGAUCAAGCUAGCGCGGAACAACUGUCUAAAGAAAGAAACGCAGGAGCAAUCGGUGAAGGGAUUAGGGAGAUACAAAUUAAGAACUACCUACGCAAAAUGGAGAUGAAGCAGCAAAGAGAAGAGGAGCUUGAAGAGGGACUCAAGUCGUACAGAGCUGGCAAGUACCAGGAAGCCCUUGAGAAGUUUGAGACAGUUCUAGGGUUGAAGCCUGAAUUGAGAGAAUCGAGGGUUGCCUGCUACAACGUGGCUUGUUGCUACUCGAAAUUGAAUCAGAUUGAAGCAGGUCUCUCGGCGCUCGAGGAUGCCAUGGAGGCUGGUUUCGAGGAUUUUAAGAAUAUCAGAGAGGAUCCAGACUUGGCCAACCUGAGGGCUUCCCCUAAAUUCACUCCGUUGUUGAAUAAAUACGAUGAACCAUUCAUCAAUGAGAACGCUAUGAACGCCAUCAAGAACGUUUUCAACAUUUUUGGUCGAAAGUAGGGCAAGGGAGCAAACCUCUGUUAGAUAUCAGCAUUUCAUUUACCAAAUCCAGUGUUCUUCACAUAGUCUAGUUACUGAUAUUCUUUUGAAGUUGAUACAUGUUGCAAAGUAACACUGUUUUCUGAGCUAAUGUAGUUAGUCAUGGUCUAACUUUCGGAGCGAUUCUAGUUUCCGUGAGACUGCAGUCUGAUGUCUCACAUUCGGACCUUAGAUCGAAGCAUUGUAGUUAUAUGAAGUGGUCGAAGGAGUCAAAGGUUCAUCAGAGGAGUUGUCUGACUACUCAGUAAUGUCCGUUUCAUAGAUAGAACUGUGAAGGUCAGGUUUGUGGCGAAAGUUGCAGGACGACCCUGAUGUGUACAAUAUAAUGUUCAAUACACCAUUAUUUAUUCACCUUG